AUGAGUAUCACUCAAACAUACUACCUCGCCCACGCCGCCCGCAAGAAGCUCACCCGGGAGGCUUCUCGGGCGGACCAUGACUUGCGCCUCUUGGUUGGUCAUGCCAACCUCCUCGACUCCUUGAUGCUGGAACUUGCCGAUGCCGAACAAGAGCAAGAACGUUGGUUUAACCAGACCGUCCACGGCGUGACCAAGGGCUCCCCAUCUGAAUCCCGUCACAUCCAAUGGGCCGAAAGCGUGGUGGAGGAUCCCGAAGAGGACUGGGAUCCGGAAGAUGUUUCCGACUCCGACCUGAGUGACGAUUCUGACUUGGAGGAAGACGACUAUGAACCUGCCUACACACCUGUUCGUCGGCGAGCCCCAUCGCCGGUGGCCAUUGUCCGAGAGAAAGAAAUUGAGGAAGACUACGACUCCGACUCCGACUCGGACUUUGAAUACGAUGAUGCAGAGGACUUGGAGGAGCUGACUUUGACCCGGUCUCCAUCACGACAGACUCCACCGGAGCUGUCGUCCGAUUCCGAUGAGGAGUCCGAGGAGGAAUCAAUGCCUCCAUCCCCCCCGCAACCCACCCUGGACACUUUCUCUGAGAAGCAAGCCGAAGCGACCGAACUUCCACUGUCGGGAAAUGGAUUUGAAGACGGGUAUUACGUAUCGAACGGCUCGCAGAAUGCGAUUAUUGAGGCGUACUAA